UACCAAGUAAUAUUUUGAUAUUUGAUCUCGUACUUUUUGUCUCGAAUGCAUAAAAGGAUAGAGCAUGUCGAUAUUGUACAUGUAAAAUAAUAUAUAAAUUAAUAUUUCUUCAUCCACAUCGACAACGUUUGAAGCUUUUCUAUUACGCGGAAUUUUAGAGUUCGUGUAACAGAUUUUUUUUCACUUCAACGAAGACUGGAAGCGUAGAUUGGUGAAGAUGUUUUUUCGGUGCUUCGUGCCUUUACUAUCUCUGACUCUCUGUAUCGGUAUGCAGGUCGUGGACCUCACCCACGAGCAGAGCUACACCACCAUCUACUGGCCCGGGGACCCCGCAUACAAUUUCACUGUAUUAUACCGAAAUUAUACAGCCAAUGGAAUGUGGUACGAAAGUAACUUCUUUGCCACAGCAGAACACGCAGGAACACAUGUGGAUUCUCCAGCUCACUUUUACAAGGGAGGAUGGCGAACACAGCAAAUUCCGAUGGAAAGACUGGUAGGCAAAGGAGUCGUCGUCAACGUCAAAUCGAAGGUGUCCACAAACUACGACUAUCGCGUCACUAUUCGAGACCUCACUGAAUGGGAAAACAGCUAUGGACGUAUCCCUGACGGAGCGGUGGUUCUGAUGAACUCCGGAUGGAGUGACAAGUACCCGGAUAAAAACGACGUGUUCAAUACCACCACUCCUGAUGACCCCAGUACCUUUCAUUUUCCUGGUUGGCACGAGGAUACUGUAACAUGGCUUACUAAAAAUAGAAAAGUACACGUCAUAGGUGUGGACACGCCCUCGGUGGAUUAUGGCCAAUCAAAAACUUUCCCCACUCACGUGAUGCUUGGUAAAAAUAACAUAAUUGGGGUGGAGAAUGUCGGUUUCUUGGAUAGGAUACCCGUGAGUGGAAGCACUGUUUUUGUCGCCGUUCUGAAACUCACAGACGGAAGUGGCGGUCCAGCGAGAGUGUUUGCUGUGGUCAAUGAAAGUGAAAAGCCAUGUACUUCAAGAAGUAAUGCUCAUUUCGUCCACAGUUUUCCCAUGAUUGUUCUGAUCAUCUCAUUUCACCUCUAGACAGUGUUGUAAUUCCAUUACGUAUACUUUAUCUGGAUUAAUCUUAUUACUUAAGUUCUAAUCUUCAAAGACAUAAUGUUCAACUGUAUGUAAAAUGUAAUCCAUUUAUUGUUAUAAUAUGCUGAAUCAAUAUAAUUGGAAUUUAUCUGAAAAUAUCAAAACAUUAAUACUUCGAAGAUUGCUACCUAUAUUACUAUAUGAAUAUCUGAAAAACUAAAUGCACACCGACAGCCAAUACAGUACAUUACCGAAUGAUUUUUGAAAUAUUUUGAUAUAAUGUAAAACCUGUUCAAUCCAAUAUUUGAACAGUGGUUCAUGAUACAUAUAGGUAAAGUGAAAGUAGGUUUUGUAUAUCAUACCAGAAUGUGAAUGAAAUCACUCAUACACAAGGUAAUUUAAACAGUAUACAUGGAAUAAACAGAAAAUCGAAGCUGCACUUCUUGACGAGACGUUUAUGUCUCUGUUAAACCAAUUAUGUCCUUGUGUUUCUUGCAAUAAAGAUUUUUGAAAUAGCAUA